GUAUCCUGCAAGCGCUUCUCCAUGUCAACAGACAGCAAGUUUCUGGCCGCAUCUUUUGGAAGCGGUGAUAUUCUCGUGUGGCGUCUACCCGAUGGCUUACUUGUUCGGCGCCUACACCACGAGGGCCAUGCGAAACGUGUUUACUCCCUUGCAUUUUCUUCCGACAGUCGCUCCCUUGUUUCGGGAUCUGAGGGUGGGGUCGCAGUCAUCUGGGAUGUCCAACAUGGUCGCACACUUCUACGUCUGGAAGGACAUCGUGGGACGGCGGUAGUGAUAGUCAUGUAUGCUCCUCAUGGCACGCUCAUUGCCACCACUUCUGACGCCGAUGGAUCCGUGAAGAUUUGGGACGCCUCGACUGGAGCAUGUCGGUAUUCCUUCGACGUCAAGGAGACAAUAUACCAGGUCGCCUUCUCCACAAGUGGCUCACAUGUCUACAUUGACAUCAACAACUCCUGCUCGAUCUAUGAGACCCGAACUUUCAUGCGCACCGCUGAAUUGUGCCAUGACGGCUACAAAUCGUCAGCAUCUCGCCAAGGGGACCGCAUAGUCACAGCAUCGAAGGAUGAUCAGGUGAAGAUUUGGAGUGCAACGACGGGCAAGGAGCUUCUCACAAUCGACUACCCGAGCAAGCUCUCGUAUCCAAUGGCGUUCUCUUCGGACGGCACUGAGCUCGUCUUCGCUGACUCUCUAGAUCCAUCCGCAUCCUGCCAAUGCUUCUCGGUGUCAACCGAUGGCAACCUGCUAGCCGCUUCGUUCGCAAGUGGUGACGUCCUCGUGUGGCGACUACCCGAUGGUCUACUCGUCCAACGCCUACAUCAUCAAGGCCAUGCGCAACCUGUGCGCCGCCUUGCAUUUUCUCCCGACAGUCGCUCUCUUGUCUCAGGAUCCGAGGAUGGGACCGCGAUCGUCUGGGAUAUCCGACAUGGUCGCGCACUUCUACGUCUGGAAGGACAUAGAGGGACGGUGGGGAAAGUUGUGUAUGCCCCCCAUGGCGCGCUCAUUGCCACCGCGUCCAGCUUCGACAAAUCCGUGAAGAUUUGGGACGCCUCGGCUGGAUCAUGUCUACAUUCCUUCGACGUCGAGAACGACAUAUACCAGGUUGCCUUCUCCCCCAAUAACUCGCGCGUCUACGUUGACCAAGGCGGCCCCUGUUUGAUCUAUGACACCCAAACUUACACGCGCAUCGCUGACUUGCGGCAUAACGACGGAGACUGCGAGUCGUCAGUGUCUCGCCAAGGGGACCGCAUAGCCACCGCAUCGACGAAUGAUCAAGUGAAAAUCUGGAGUGCGGUGACUGGCGAGGAGCUUCUCACAAUCGACUACCCGCGAAAGCUCUCGUAUCCUGUGGCAUUCUCCCCCGACGGCUCCGAGGUAUUGGCCGCUUGUGACACAGACGAGACGGCCGUCACCUUCGACUCACGGACUGGUCGGCUACGUCGCGUCUAUCAGCUCUCAGGAGCAUUGCAGCAUAUGUCAUACUCCCCACGCGGAGACUACGUUGUCUUGGGAGACGGCGUGAGGGAUCUCCACGUCUGCGACCCGAAGUCUGGAGCGUUCCUUGCGAAGUUUGAGGGGUUCAAUAACGAUGUUUUCUUCCCCGGCGGCCCUCGAUUUCUACUCACGGGUCAAAACUUCGUAGUGCAUUUCUCGGAUGAACUUUCGCUUCUGCAUGAUAUCCGGGAUGUAUUGCGAUUGAGAUAGCAUGGAAUCACUGUGGCGAUGCUUGCUUCACUUGGCAUUAUAUUAGCUCAGAUACAUAAAGACAAUCCAGGAUAUAUGACACAUCAAU